GACUGCUUGACGUUGUGGUUUGCUGCUGUGUUUCUACCCAUUCUUAUUUGUGACGAAAAUCCAAGAAACAGUUUAAACAGUAUUGUAGGUCUGCAUUUUAUGAAGUAAUCUUCAUCAUGAGCGAGCUAAGUCAAGAGGAGAUACGUAGACGACGCCUAGCGCGUCUGGCAGCCCUCAGUGGUCCUGGUGCAGCCACUACUCAGGCCAGUCCUCCUAUUACUCCUGGAGGUUCUGUGCCUGAACCAGAUACUGCUCCACAGCUAGCUACUAGAUUGUCCCCUGCUCCAGGACCAAGAGGCUCUAGCACAGAUCCGUCAGAUGCAGCUGAUGCAAACAAAGACCAGACAUACUCUGAAGAAGAGAGUAAAAACAAAGUCUCAGAUGAAAAUAAAAUAUCAGCGGAUGGAAUUAUUGUAACUGAAAAGACAGACAAUAAUCUGUUAGAAGAAAUGGCUGAUACAAAAAUGACAGAUUUAUCUCAGACUAGACAAUAUAACAGUUUUGAUUCAAUGGGUGAUGAAGCACUAUUAUUGAGUUGUGGACCUGUUCGGGUAGGGAAUAUACCACCAACUGUUGUUAGUGGUUCAGACAGGAGCACAGCAAGAGAAGACAGUACUUCACGGUCUGUCACUCCGCCCCAGUUUGCAGAACCAUCACCUGUCAGGCCUAGGCCUAAUAAUGCAUCACCAAGUUGCUCACGGCGCUCUCUAUCAAUGGAAGUAGAUGAUAAUUCAGAAAGAAACUCACAAUCAGAACAGCAGGCAGAACCAAUGGAGGUUGAAGAUGAUUCAUCACAGUCACCAGCACGUAAAAUAUAUCGGGCGAGAACAGUGAGCUGUUCGGAGUUUACAGAGGAACAGCUUAGACAAAUUGUAGGCAAAAUUCUUCAGGUGUCAUGGUCUGAAGAGAGUGCAGGAGGAAUAUUUGUGCCAUCAGUAGCAGCCUCAUUACUUGACAAUCCUAAACUAGGUUUAGAAGAACUAGCAUCAGAGGCUUUAGUAGAUGUUAUUACACAAAUAGCUGAUGGUUCAGAUCCUCUAAACCAAAAACUUAUAGCUGUUUCUGAGACGUCAAAGAGGUUAAGUGAAGACUGUGGCGAUGAUACAUUGACAAGUGGGCCCCUUGGCUCAGAAUCCGAUACAGACAAAGCCACAUGUCCCACACCAUCACUACCUAUUCCCAAAACAAUUCCAACUCAGGGCCUAGCUGUUAGCUACCUAUUAAGAUUCUACAACAAUAUCAAUGUAUAUGAGAGGGACCAUCCAAAGAAAAGUUCGGAACCUCCGCUAAGCGAUCUGCUGCAGAACCUGAGAACUCUGCUGGUGAAUCACCUUGUGCUAGUCCUCCGGGGGGUAUUUGACCUCGAGAAGUGCAAUAAAACGCCAUUACUGCCAUAUAUCCUCAUCGGAAACACGCCGAUCGGCCUCAUGCCGGAGCUGAUGCAAGCCACGUACAAGGUUCAUCAGGCGACGGGGAACAGUGAAAUGAUGGACGAGGUAUUCGUGCCGCUGCUGUUGGGUGUGCGCGAGGAAAUGCGGCGCUGCGUCUCGCCUUUGGUGGGCCGCGGGCACGGCGCGGCGUUGCGGGCGCUUCGUGCGCUGUGCGAGCUGCGCGCCGGGCCGCGUCACGCUGCCCGUCCAAUUUGCGCGCUACUCACGCGCCUGCCCAGCUUCUGCCCCGCCGAAGUGACCUCGGCGCCCGGCCGCGAGAUCGCCCGCGUCUCCUUCCUCGGCCCCUUCUUCGCCAUAUCCCUGUUCGCGGAGGAGAACCCGCGACUGGCGGAGCGACUGUUCGCAACGGGCACGGGCGACCGCAGCCUCGCAUUCGCCCUGCAGCGCGAGGUGGAGGCCAGCCGCAGCACGCUGCAUAGCAUCUGCCACAACAUCCUGCUGGCUACAGAGACGCGCGACUUGGCGCUGCGGUACUUCGCCGCGCUGCUGCAACGCAACGAGCGCCGUGCGCAGCUGCAAACCGACGAAAGGUCACUUGCUGGCGACGGUUUCAUGCUCAACGUAUGUUCAGUGCUUCAACUAUUAUCAGUUCGCAUCAAAUUGGAGCGCGUGUAUCCGUUAUACACCUUCCACCCCGAAUGCAACUGGGCGAACAUCCGCGAAGAAACGAGGUUAUAUUUCACUACGCAACAGGCGCAAGAGUGGCUUGACUCCCUAAACAAAGAUGGAACCCACAAGUGGCCGGAGGCGAAGUUCCAGACGGUGUGUUGGUUCCUCACAUUACAUAUGCACCAUGUCGCGCUCAUCCCCGCAUUGCACACGCACCAGCGCAGGAUUCGAGCAUUCCGCGACCUGCAGAAGGUGAUUGAAGAGCUGAUGGCUGCCGAGCCGCAGUGGCGUAACACGUAUGCUGCAGCGCGCAACCGCGACUUACUACGUCGUUGGCGGCGGCAGAUCAAACGGCUACACAGGUCAAAACAAUGCGCCGAGACAGCCCUCUUGGACGGUGAAUUGAUGCGUCGCAGCCUGCAGUUCUAUUCGUCUGUGUGCGCCUUGCUGAGCCAGCAACUGGCGUCUGCGCAGACGGGCGGGCCACCCGCCUGUCUCGCCUUCCGCGCCACUCCCGAGUGGUACGUCGAGGACAUCGCCGAAUUCAUGCUCUUCGCAGUGCAAUACGUACCCCAAAUAGUGGCCGACUACAUCGAAGAUCCAAUCAUCACGUGGCUUCUAACCGCCAUUUGCAACUCUCACCUUAUCAAGAACCCGUACCUUGUAGCCAAGAUUGUAGAAGUUUUAUUCGUAAUUAACCUCUCAGUGCCGCUCAAACUGAAGAACGUGUAUGAGAAAUUCAUGGACCACCCAAUGUCACAAACUGCGCUAGCCAGCUCUUUGAUGAAGUUCUAUACGGACAUUGAGACUACGGGCCAGAGCACAGAGUUCUACGACAAGUUCACUAUACGAUUCCAUAUCAGCAUCAUUUUGAAGGGAAUGUGGGAGAGACCUAUUCACAAGCAGGCUAUCAUCAAAGAAUCUCGCUCUGGGCGGCAGUUCGUCAAAUUCAUCAAUAUGCUGAUGAAUGAUACUACAUUCCUUCUUGACGAGUGUCUAACGUACCUGAAACGCAUCCACGAGGCGCAAGAGGGGCAGGGUGCAUCCAGCGGCACGGCCGAGGCCAGAGCCCGGGCGCUUGCGCAGGACGAGCGACAGUGCCGCUCCUAUCUCACUCUCGCCAGAGAAACUGUGGACAUGCUAGAGUACCUGACAGUGGAGAUCAAGGAGCCGUUCUUGCGUGCUGAGCUGGUAGACCGACUUGCCUCCAUGCUCAACUUCAACCUGCAGCAACUCUGCGGGGCCAAGUGCAAUAAUCUCAAGGUCCGCCGGCCAGAGAAGUACGGGUGGGAGCCAAGGCGGCUACUUAGCCAGCUCGUGGACAUCUACUUGCAUCUUGACUCGCCACAGUUUCACGCCGCGCUUGCCGCAGACGAGAGAUCAUUUCGCAAGCAGCUUUUCGAGGAGGCUGCCGUGCGAUUGGCCAAGGCGUGUAUAAAAACGCCCACCGAAAUAGAGCGAUUUAAGGCACUCGCAGACAACGCCUUUCAAAUUGCCAUUUCAAAUCAGCAGAAAAGUGACGAAUUCGCCGACGCACCCGAGGAGUUCCGUGAUCCUCUCAUGGACACUCUUAUGAUCGAUCCAGUUUUCCUACCAUCUGGAAAGGUAAUGGACCGUUCGGUGAUCCUGCGUCAUUUACUCAACAGUGCCACUGACCCGUUCAGUCGACAACCCUUGACAGAGGACCAACUACGCCCAGCAUCGGAGCUCAAAGAGAAAAUCAUCCAAUGGCAGCGUGAAAAGAAAUCGUCCUAAAGUAAUAAGCCAACAUACUAAGUCUGAUGUAUAUAAUGUAAUACAAUAAAGACUAGCCGCGGGAUCCCGCCGGCGCCACGGACUAUUGUCCACAUGCAUGAAUGUGAGAUUACUCUAAGUAUGCUAUUUCAGUGCGAUUGUUUCGUGCCGUAAAAUAUCACCAGUAUUUACUGUGUAUCUAGAAUCUACAUAAAUAUCUCCU